AAGUGUCUGGACUGGAAGGGGGGUGAAAGUGUCCGGACUGGAAGGGGGGUGAAAGUGUCCGGACUGAAAGGGGGUGAAAGUGUCCGGACUGGAAGGGGGGGAAAGUGUCCGGACUGGAAGGGGGGGAAAGUGUCCGGACUGGAAGGGGGUGAAAGUGUCCGGACUGGAAGGGGGGAAAGUGUCCGGACUGGAAGGGGGGUGAAAGUGUCCGGACUGGAAGGGGGGGAAAGUGUCCGGACUGGAAGGGGGUGAAAGUGUCCGGACUGGAAGGGGGGGAAAG